ACGACGUCUCCCCUCUAUUGUUAUUGUGGCGUGCGCGAGGGGAACAGACAGGAUGCACGAGUAGACAGUGGGGCUGAUAAAAGGAUAAAACAACCCAGAAACAUCAAGCUAGCGCGGCGUACGAGGAGACAACCGUAGCUCGCUACAGGGCAGCGGGUUAGACACGCAGAGAGGGACCCGGGUCGGGUACAAAGGAGUAUAAACACAGAGCAGGCUGGUCCACACACACAGCACGUACAGCUUUCUUGAGUACAACAGCGAUCUUUUUGUCCAACUUCUUCUCUCAACUCUGGCUGAUGUGGACUGAUUCAGAGCUGGGCCAUCAUGAUGCCAGUGAACUUUCUGGUCACUCAUUGGCUGACCAACUUAAUACCAGCAGCAUCAUGUCAGUGAACCCUCCGAGCAGCAAUGACGCCUGCCUCAGCAUCGUCCACAGCCUCAUGUGUCACCGGCAGGGCGGAGAGAACGAGGGCUUUGCUAAGCGGGCCAUUGAGAGCCUGGUGAAGAAGCUGAAGGAGAAGAAGGACGAGCUGGACUCGCUCAUCACCGCCAUCACCACCAAUGGUGUCCAUCCCAGCAAGUGUGUCACCAUCCAGAGGACACUGGACGGACGGCUGCAGGUGGCAGGGAGAAAAGGUUUUCCUCACGUCAUUUAUGCACGGCUGUGGCGCUGGCCCGACCUCCACAAAAAUGAACUUAAGCAUGUCAAGUUCUGCCAAUACGCCUUUGACCUGAAGUACGACAAUGUAUGUGUCAACCCCUACCAUUAUGAGAGGGUAGUGUCACCAGGCAUCGUUGGCCUCAGCCUUCAAAAUACAGCAGCACCAGGCAGCCUGAUCAAAGAGGAAUACAUCCAUGACUGUAUACAGAUGGACCUCCCACCAGGCAUGCCUCUGUCUGACCACCAAGCGGCCAUGAAGCUUCCUCCUCCAGACCACUAUGGCCAGCCCUUGCAUCCCCCGCAGCUGUCCUCUGAACCCCACGGACCCCCACCUGUCACCAGAUACACCAACCUGCCUGUCUCACCCAAAGUGUCGGGCUCCGGCUCCAUGCUCCCACUGCAGGGCGGCCACGGUGACGGCCGUCUCCAAACCGCAUCUCCACAGGCUCAAGUCAUGACCUCGGCACCACGACCUCCGACCCCGACCCAACCCCCUCCUCAGCAACAGGCUGCCCAGCAGGCCUCACAGCCCCCCCACCCACAACAACCCUCCCUACCUCCUUCUCACCCGCAUGGACAGAACGGUUACAGCAGCAAUAAACACUCGCAGAGCCAGGCGGCCUUCCACACAGUGUGGACAGGCAGCAGCACAGCCUCCUACACUCCCAUAGGACCCCAGAACGGACGUGGUCAUCAUCCAAACCACCAUUGGUCCCAGCAUCAUGGCUCCGCCUCUUUCCCUACUUCUGUGUCCAACCAUCCAGGACCAGAGUUUUGGUGCUCUAUCUCCUACUUUGAAAUGGACGUUCAGGUGGGUGAGAUGUUCAAGGUGCCCUCCAGCUGCCCGAUCGUAACCGUGGACGGUUAUGUUGACCCAUCAGGAGGCGAUCGCUUCUGCCUCGGACAGCUGAGUAACGUCCACCGCACAGACGCAAGUGAGAGAGCUAGGUUGCACAUAGGUAAAGGCGUGCAGCUGGAGUGCCGCGGUGAGGGCGAUGUGUGGAUGCGCUGUAUGAGCGACCAUGCUGUGUUUGUACAGAGCUAUUACCUCGACAGGGAGGCAGGCCGAGCACCAGGCGAUGCCGUGCACAAGAUCUACCCCGGAGCCUACAUCAAGGUGUUUGACCUGCGGCAGUGCCACAGGCAGAUGCAGCAGCAGGCAGCGACGGCUCAGGCUGCAGCUGCUGCACAGGCCGCCGCCGUGGCCGGAAACAUUCCCGGGCCAGGCAGCGUCGGAGGCAUUGCACCUGCAGUUAGUCUGUCUGCAGCGGCGGGGAUCGGUGUGGACGACCUGAGGCGCCUGUGUAUCCUGCGGCUCAGCUUCGUAAAGGGCUGGGGGCCCGACUACCCCCGGCAGAGCAUCAAACACACGCCCUGCUGGGUGGAGGUCCACUUACACCGCGCUCUGCAGCUUCUGGAUGAAGUGUUGCACACCAUGCCAUUGGCAGACCCAGGGCCUGCUAACUGAGGACCAUGACCAAGUUCAAAUUCCAAUCUGGAUUCUAUGAAUGUGCACACACAGACACACAUGUUGCCAAAUAUGCUAUCUAAUUGAUACACAAAGCAAAUCAAUGGAAACCAGGUGUUGAUGGUUUUUCCAGUGCUUUACUCUAUAAUCUAAAGUCAAACACAAGGGAGUUGGAGCUCUGAAGGUAAAGAUUCUGACCAUCUUGUCUGUCCUAAAGACAUUCAUAUGCACUGUAGAGAUCCAGGGAUGUGUUUCAAAAUUCCAGGUCCCCUAUAUGCAAUUUGGAUUUCUUCUAAUAGUAUGAGUGUUCUGCACUCAUUCAUGGAAUAUACACACGGAUGUAUACAACGUUAUCCAGGAGUGAAACACAGAAAGAGAACUGCAUACCUCUGCUAAUGCUGUGGGUAAAUUCACACUGAAUACAAACCGCAUUACAGUUCUCUUUACAUCUAAUCAACAACAGAAGUGAUGUAGAAGUAUGGAUUAAGGGAACCUAUUAUGUCAUCUCUGUGCUUGUGCCGCGUUCUUCACUGUAUGUUGAUCUAAACUGUUAGCGUUGAUAGCUGGUUAGCCCUCUUAUUAUGCUCAGCUCAAACUAUAUUAUUUUUGUACCAAAAGGCUAAAAAGCCCAAAACAUUUAGCUUUAAAGUAGUGUUGUUGUACUUUGUAAUGAAACAGUGCUACCCUGUAUGUAACCAAAUGGUUGGUGUGAAUCACCAAAGCCAAAAUACCUCAUAACUACAGUGCAAAGUCACAUUUCCUUUUACGCCUAAAGCGCACACACUUUGUUCAUCACUGACAGCUGAAGUCAAUCAAUGGAGCCCUCUGAUAGACACUCCCCUAGCUUUGUAUUUAUUGAGGUUUGUACCGUACCGUGCUGUGAUGUGCAGUCGCAGUACUAGAUGUGUUGACUGAUUUGUGUUACUGUGGAACAUUAAUUAUACUCUACAUGCUACAGCUGAAAUAAGUUGUAAUGAUGGAUGGAAAACAACCAUCAGCAGCUCCGGAGACAGAAACCCGAGUGCCUGCCUGUUCUCUGGUCUGACUGCUGAGCGUCUCACUCCAGCAGUUUAUUUCAACUGUGGGUUGUCGUCCGUGGUACCUUCAGAGCACUGUUCUUCACACGCGGCUCAACCAAUUCAGACUGUAAUUGCUGUUAUCAGGCUAAAAUAGUGUUGUUUAUUCUCAUCCAACAAAUUUGGUUUGGAAGAAGUUUGAGGAUUGAUUUGUAUUAAGUAAGAGUGCACUCUUAUUUUGAAAUAAAGGCUAAAUGAGUAGAGAGUUGAAACCAUGAGCAGCAUUAAUAUGAUUGGUUGAGUGCUUAUCAUAGGAUUCCAAUUACAUGAGGUAGGUAGGUGGGUUGCAUAGAUGUAAAACAGUAGAUGUGACAUUACGUCAUCUUACCUGGGUAUCGGUUCAAUGGCCACCGAUCUGCUGUGCAGCACUGAAUACCUUUACCAGAAGGACCAGAGAGACCAGGGAGGCCGGCAGAUUUAUUUGUGACAUACAGUCAACACGAAAACUACAAAAGCGUUAGUGAUUGUUGAUUGCUAACUCGACAGUUUUGAUCCGUUAGUUAAACAGAUCAGUUAUAGCCCAGCUACGCUAGCGAAGCUCAAAAUGUAACAUUAACGUUAAAAAUAAGUUAUUAACAUUACACUCCGUGCCAAUCUAGUGUAAAGUAAAUAUAGAAUGUGUUCAUGACAAAGAGAAGUGCUUGUAAUCCCAUUUCAUAAUAUCUCAAGACAAUCAUCAGCCAACAUAUUUAGAGGGCGUUAACAUUACACGUUCACCCAAAUGAGCUACCUUGAGUCCGUCAAUCAAUCAUCAUAUAUCAGCAUCACUUAUUUCAAUAAAGCAAAUCAAAAAAAGUAAUCCAGUCGGAGAAAGGUCAAGCUGGUCCAUAAGAUCCCCUUGAGAUGAGCGAGGCUCUCAGGAGCUUUACCCAAAAACUCCAAUAAAGCUUUUCAACUUCUCCUCUCAUCAUCAAAACAAACCUCAGGCUAGUUGACCAGAAAGUGUCUGAUGCUAAGUGCUUCCCAUAAAACUGACUCUAUUUAGCUUUUUGACAUGCAGAUAUUGCUUAAAGUGACAGUUCAAAUCAAAAUCCCAUAUGGUUCCUCUUACCUGUAGUGCUGUGUAUGGGUCUAGAUAGUUUUGGUUUGAGUUGGUUAGUAUUGGAGAUAUUGUCCGUAGAUGUCUACCUUCUCUCAAAUAUAAUGGGAACCAAUGGCACUCAGCUGGUGGUGCUCAGAACAGAAACAGAACAUUCCAGAAAUCAUGACUCAGUUAGUCAAGAUAAUCCACAGACAGUGAAACUGCUUCAAACAAGGUCUGUGGAUUAUGAUGAGUAACAUCAUGUAGUACAUUAGCCAUUCAGAAUACCAAAGACAGUUCUUACGUACUAACUUAAUUCAAAAAUAUAAGUAAUAUUAAAGUAAUUAUCUGCAACGUAACGACACAAUUAUGAGAUUCUGUUCAUAAUUGGAAGCCUGAUCUGUUCUCUUGGAGCUAUAACAAUAACAAUUCUACCAGAAUACUUGUUUUUUGGUUCAUUCUAGACCGUCACAGUUGCCGUUCACUCAGUUCCUUGAAUAGAAAACAGUAUUGAUAGAAAAAUAGGAUAUAAAGACAAUCGAAGCCUGUUUCAGGUUCCAUUUACAGCAAGUUGAACUGGUCAACUGAACCCAGGGAAGAUGGCUGCCAUAUGGUUCCUGGAAGAGCAAGUCAUUUGAACAUGUCAUCUACUAUUUCAUACCCCAAGCAUGCAGGGAAAUCUAUUUAGUUAUUUUUUUUUUCAUUUACUUCCUCUUAAACAUGUUUUCAAGUCUAUCUUAAAGGGCCAGUGUGUAGCAUUUCAGGGGAUCUAUUAGCAGGAAUGGAUUAUGAUAUUCAUAAGUAUGUUUUGAUUCAUGUAUUAUCACCUAAAACUAAGAAUCUGCAACCACACCAAGAUGCCACCAAAUCUUACACACUGUCCCUUUAAGUCCUGUACAUACAAAAAGAGAAGAGAGUUGCUGUAAGCAUCAUUGGCCAUGAAUUCAUACCUUGGUAGUGAUGGGGGCUCGAUCCACAGACCCCCUUCUGUGGACAAAUGCAGUCCCAGCUGAUAUAAGGAGUUAGUCCAAUCCAAAGUGGAUAUCUUCCAAUGUAUUUGGAUUAAAAGUAAACUCCCUCUUUGUGUUUCCCACAGACAAUGUUUUCUGGGAUGUAACGGAGGGUUAAGUUCUAGUAUUUGCUUGUCGGCUUGUAGCCAGAACCAAACCUACAUGGAUUUGUCUAACUGGUGAAACCUCAAAUUAUCUUCAGCUGCAUGUCUCUGCAUAGAAAAUGGCCUGGGUAUUUGACAUCAGUAAGUAUUUGUGUUUGGCAGGAAUCACAGCCAGUCUGCAGAGGAGAAGAGAGUACAGCAACAACACACUACAUAUGGCACAUGUACUGUAUACAGAGACAUGAGCGUAUUCUUUAAAGCCAAAACCCAGCACAGACUGCACACCUCGGAUGUACAUGUGAUUCACAUUCAAGGAGGAAAUACACCAGAGUUCAGACUGGUAGUGAGCCGGGUCUUUGGCUGAGAGCACUGUGUAGAAAGAGAUGUGCUUUAGACCCAACAACAGGGUCCACAUGUCAACAGGUACCCUCUGAAUGUGGUACACAAGAAGUAUUGCUUUGUGAUGUAGUUUCAGAUGUGAGCUGUGAGGUGUCAGGAAACACGUGUCAUCUGAUUCAGCUGCUUAACAAAGAGCAACCAUAUGCAUAUUUGUGAUUUGUGCCUUUUGUUGUCGACCGUAGACGCACCAACACUGGAAUGAAAGACAGACGCAAGUUUGUUUUGCUGUUCAUGAAGAUCGAUGUUACACAUUGUGAUUUGGUUUUCCGCUGUUCAAAAUCUUUUGAUGGUAUCCUGUGGUUCCCUCAGGUAUCUGUGUAGUUCAUUGAAGAUAUCACAAUGUGUCAAAGUGGUUAUUGACGAAUCACUCAUCAUACCUGAGUAGUAUUAUUUAUUGCCUUAGUCUUUUGUGAGUGUAAAAUAUGAAUGAGUACGCUUUGCACUGUUUUAAUAUUAGCAUGGACAACCCAAAUAGAUGUCAUACGUAUCGGUUAUGCUGCCCAUAUUCAGGGAGGUACAAGUGUUCAAGUAAUCUUUCACAGAUAAAGAGCAAACUCAUCUUCAUCUUCAGCAUCAUCGUCAGAGGUUUAUCAGGAUGUGUCCACAAAUGCUCUAAUUUGUGCGUCUGUAUUCACGUACAAGUGUGUGAACAACUCCAGCUUCAGCCUCAUUCUGCUGCCUUUGAACUGUCCGUCUGCACUCGUGGAGUCGGUACCAUCCGGUGUGUUAGCGGUGUUUGCUGCACUGUGGAAGCCCAUCAGGGACUUCUGAUAAUGUCAACUUGUCAACAUCAUUAUAACUUUCCACAUGCAUAUGUGUUAUAUGUGUAACAAUUCAAAUGCAAUAAUUCUAUAUGCAUUUUAAUUGUCGUAUGGGCAUUCCAUGACCAUAUUAAAAUGAAAAUGAAAAAGCUGUCGUACCCCACCAUACUUUUUUAAAAAUUGAAAUGCAAUCCAAACAAUGAAAAGAGGAAGUGACUGCAGACCCGUAUGAAUCAGAGCAUUGAAUAUCAUCCACUGCGCAGCAGGGAUGGCUUUGCCAAUCAAAUGACAAAUGCCGUUUUCAUUUUCAAAUUCUUAGAAAAUGGCAUUUUUAUUUGGACUAUUUAUGCAAAAUAUGCUUGUAUAAAUAGCAAAAAGUUACAUCACAUUUUCAAUUUGGAAUGUUGUCCACUGUACAGCGUGGUAUGACUUUGAAAAUUGAAUGUCAGACAGCUAUUCUAUUUUAAUAUUUUAAAUGAAAAUUCAAAUUGGAUUCAUUCAUUUUCAUUUAAGUUUUUACACAACAUUUGUAAAAUUAUAGUGCUAUUGUGUAAUUACGUUUUCAGGUUUACAUUAUGAUUUGAGUAAAUUCGCUUGUGGGCUUCCAUUCAGUUUCUUUCUGUAACGCUUCAUUUUAUGGUUCUGCAAUUUCCUAAUCGUGUUCUAGGAAGUUUCUUAUAAAGUUUUAUUUGAUACUAAUUGAAGGAACAUAUCUACAGACAUUGGAUCUUAUCUGCUCUGCACCAACUAAAAGCAAUUUAUUGGAAUUCAUUCAUUAGAAGUGUACCAACCUUUAAGUCUUUUUUGUAUACGAUUACAACCAAAUUAAAUAAUUGUCUCCAGGAAAUGUAUCAGCAUAAAACCACAUUACAAUAAAACCCUUUUAAUCAGGUGGUGCUGAUGUUUAGCCUGCAAACACACAUUGUCGUGAGUCUUGUCAGACAGGUUAAUGCAUCAAUAUGUGUCUUCUGUGUAAUCAUAUAAGACAUUUGUCAUUAUGUAAGUGUCUUUUGUUUUUAGAUAGAUAGCUAUGAAAGAUCAUUUACCAAUAUCAUUAUUUCAAUGUAGCCACUGAUUCUUUACCCUUGAAUAUGAUGAAAUUAUAAUGAUCAUAACACUAACAACUACAUUCAUCAUAUUGACACAAAUUGGAAUGGCUGAAUUGGGUUGUUACAGCUGCAAUAAACAGUUCAAAAUGCCGGCCUGGGUUGGAAGAUUCCAAUUUUACAGAUUGAAAAUAAUCUAAAUAGAAUAACCAUUUAACAGGUUGGGGUUCAACAUUCAUAUAUUGAAUUCAUUGUUUUUCUAUCUCACAAAUAAAAUACAAAAAAAUUCAUCUCAACAAUUUCAUCCCAUCCACUUUUUUAAUAUUCAGAGGCCAAUUAGUGACCCACACUGAGAAAAAGAAAUACAUCAUCUCCUUUAUAAAACAUUAAACAUGUUUAUUAUGACACUUAAACAAUAUGUGUACUAAAGAAUUGAGUUUGGCUUUGUUAGAAUAUUGUUCUUUUAAUUUUGUAAUUAUUUUAUUGUAAAAAUGUGCUGCUCUUGUACUGUUGACUGUUUAUUAAAGUACGAUGAAUAAAUGGCAUUGUCCUAAUUAUA